AUGGCUGACGUCGAACAACAUUACGGACAAAAAGAAGGGCGCGUUAAUGGUGCUGUUGCUGCUGUUGCGGUUGCGAAGCAGCAGCAGAUCAUGACGCCGUGCCCAUCGCCGGAUGAAGCCAUGUUCGUUGGGGAAGACAGAGCUGAAGAUCUCCAAAAGGCGCGGCUUUCUACUGUUAAUGGAGACGCCGAGCCUACUGAUAUAGUAGUAGUAGCUCCUUCGACGAAUAUAGAUACGGAUCAUGGGACGGCGACUGAUGUUGCCGCUUCUCGGCGGGAGAGUGCUGUUUCUGCUGUUGCUCCUUCUCCUGCUGCUGCUAAUGGUAACGGUAUAAAUACCAUGGCCACUUCACCCGCCGAAAGCGCUCACAGCAGCACCUUCGUUGACGACGAUGCUAUGGUUGUGACUGCUGAUGACACAUCGGCGCCUACUAUCCUAAGCGAUCAAAAAGAUGAGCAACUACGGAAAACAUCUCCAGACUCCAUAAUGAAGGGCCACGAGGACGAGAACGAUCAGGUAAGACUUGUGUUUGGCGAAUUCGAGAUUUCCUAA